CGCGAAGACGUCUCACUACGACUCACUAGAAAUAUGCGUCUGAUGAAAUGAGGGCGACGCGAAGCGAGUAACGCAUCUCAACGUCGUCGAUGAUCUUCGUCCAGCUCCUCGACGCGGCUGUUUGGCCGACUGUCAUCUUCGGCUCGCAUCUUCUUCGAUUUUGGAUGAAGUAUCCCGGCUUCGCGAUGGUAAACUUCCCGACCGAGACGCGCUGAACAUCGUCACCACUCGAAUUACGAUGACGUGGCCGAUGAGUCUCCAAGCCCCUAAAACAGACGGCCCGCCGUUGCCAUUUUAAAGGGCGCUCUCCGACAAGGAGGUGGGAGAUGAGACGCUGCUGCGCGAGACCUCGUCAUGAGCAUCCAGAGUCUGGGCGGAGCCAUCGGGGAUUCCCUGGGCUCUAGCCUGACGGUACGCAUGAGCGGCGCAGGCGGCGUCCGGAGUUCUCUCUCCCUGAAGUCCGCCGGUCGUAUCACGUCCCUCCUCCAAACCAUGGUCCCCACCGGCUACGCCAAGCUCCAGGAGGAGCGUCUGGCUAUGGCCGACCUCGGCGCCAAACCCGAGACCGGCGCGCUCCAGAACGGCUACAGACAAGAAACGCCUCACCUGGAAGGCCGGCGCUUGCUGGAGCGCGCCUCCCGCUCCUCCGUCACCCUGUCGGACUCGAGAGACGGGAGCUACUCGGAACUGGAGCCCAUGUUGGCCGAGAGGAGGCUGUCGGGGGACGAGGCCGACGGCGACGAGGAGGAGGAGGAGGAGGAGGAGCAGGAACAGGCGCAAACCGCUGCGCACAUUCUGCCCAAGGAGUCGCCCCUCGCCAUGGCUUUGCAGAUCCUCGUGCCUUUCCUGUUGGCCGGAUUUGGAACCGUAUCAGCCGGUAUGGUGCUGGACGUUGUGCAGCACUGGGAGGCGUUCCGGUACAUCACGGAGAUCUUCAUCCUGGUUCCCGCUUUGCUGGGUCUCAAGGGCAACUUGGAGAUGACUCUGGCCUCACGCCUCUCAACAGCGGUGAACGUGGGCAAGAUGGAUUCUCCAAUAGAGAAGUGGAAUCUAAUAAUAGGCAACCUGGCGCUCAAGCAGGUUCAGGCCACCGUGGUGGGCUUCUUGGCAGCCGUGGCGGCCGUGGUCCUCGGCUGGAUCCCAGAGGGCAAAUUCCAGAUGAGCCACGCCGUGCUGCUGUGCUCUAGCAGCGUCGCCACGGCCUUCAUCGCCUCCACGCUGCAGGGUUUCAUCAUGGUGGGCGUGAUCGUGGGCUCGAAGAAGACGGGCAUCAACCCGGACAACGUCGCCACGCCCAUCGCCGCCAGUUUCGGUGACCUCAUCACCUUGGCAAUCCUGGCGUGGAUCAGCCAGGGCCUCUACAAGUGCCUGGAUUCGUACCCGUACGUGUCCUCCCUGGUCUGUGCCUUCUUCAUGUGUCUGACGCCCGUGUGGAUGGUCAUCUCCUCGAAGCACCCGGCCAGCCGCACGCUGCUCUACUCCGGAUGGGAGCCGGUCAUCACGGCCAUGGUCAUCAGCAGCAUCGGAGGUCUCAUCCUGGACAAAACUGUGUCUGACCCCAAUCUGGCCGGAAUAGUGGUGUACACCCCCGUGAUCAAUGGUGAGUCACACAGGAACUUGAUGAUGGCGCAAAUGGGCGUUUGGCAUGGAUUUGAAAUGAUGGAAUGAACCAAAAAGCAAUUGAUAAUGAAGUAGUAUUUAUUGAUUGAAAUCAUUCAAUUUUGGGUUUAUUUGUUUGAAAUAGAUUCAUUAGCAAAUGAAAUGAAUUCAAAUAUGCUUAGUUCAUUGAAUACGUAACUAAUAAAAAGACGGGUUAUUACGACUUGAGGGUUUCACUGUUCGUCAUCCAUUUUAUAGCGUAGCCUUUGCAGGAGAAGGAGGAGGAGGAUGAGGAAGCGGUGGGCCGAUGGCCUCCAGGCAGCGGUUUUACCGAUGUACAGUAAAGCAUCUAGGGAGCCGUAAAAAGAAAUGUACACCCUAAAGGGCCGUAUCGCCGUACACAUUAAACGCGCCUUCAUAAAUCCGCGGCAGUUUAAAGGCGCGUAGUCCUUCCACACCUGGCGCGCUUAGUUUUCGGGGGCCCUUCAGCUCCAUGUGUCUUAUCGGGUCAGGUUGACCCACGCUAAAAGUAAACGGCACGUGUUGCCGUGACAGAUGAAAAGUGUCAGAUAAUGGGCUGACAUGUAAUGCGAGACGCCAUAGACGGGCUAAAGGAAUUUCAAGGAGAUGUUACGGUAAUUAUAAAUGUUGAAAAAAGUGCACCGAAACUCAGGCCUCCGGCUCCCCCGCCACUCUUAGAGCAAGCGCGAUGGAAAAUGUACGCAGACUCACCUUCGCGUCUUGGAACGGGCACGCAAAUUCCCACCUUCAGGAGUCCGAGCCGAGCCAGCGUAUUUUUAUGCAAAACGACGCCACGAGUGUAUUCGUGUCUCAGCAGCAAAAACUGCUCAUCACCAUAAAGUAAUAACCUGGCAAUAUUAGAUUACGGUUAUUUUCACUCCUGUCCCGUGCGGUCCCGGCGCCUCUUCCGGCCGCUAACGGGCUCAGCCGACGGCGUCCACGGCUGCGCGACGAGAGAUGAGCUUUGAAUUAAACGUUAAUCAAAUUGCUUUUUGCCGAGAGAGGUCAUCCGGGUCGGCGACGGCUAGCUAAAAGGAACGCGCGAGCGUCUCGCGUAUUCGGAACGAAGCGGGCGAGGCCGCGGCCAACACGAGCAACGAAAGGACGCCGCGUGGAUAUUUGAUCAGGGAGGAGCUCGAUGAAAUAAAACGGACGAAGCAACGGAUAUUCAUACCUGAAAUAAAAAGAGGAAUUUUUGCGAUCUUUGAAACCCUAACGUAAAAGUUGUUAGAAGGUGUAACAUAACCCCGUUGCCUUCGUUUAGUAUGCAUUCCUGCAUGAAAGUGGAAGUGUUUGCAACCCUCCGCUGCUUGCGCACCUUGGAUCGCACUGCAGCUUGUGACAAAAACGGCCAGCUUUGCAAAUGAUAUGCAAAUGUCUUGUAAAUGCCCAGUCUGGCAAGAAGAAUUCAGAUGUUUCCACCUCUUUUCCAAGUGCAUUCACGCUGGAUGAAUAAUAACCUAAUUUACAAUAUUAAGGGAGAUUAUUGAAAUGUUUCCAUUUGGAUUUUUGUGUUUUAUUUUUUGAAUUAAAAUGAUUUUUUUAAUAGCGUUCAUCAUUUGCGGUGCUUAUCGUUGGCCACGUUGUAGCACAUCCGCAGAGAAAAUUAGUUUCAAACUAACGUACAGUGUUUUCCAACAAUGACGCAUGUUGUGAAUAUGAGACAAUCAUACUGAGAAAAUGUUAUGGAAUAAUUUGCUCUUGACGUGCGACGCAUCAAACCUUACCUGAAUCCAAAGUUUCAUACUGGACGAUGCUGGGUCAUUUGUAUGUUUGUUUUUUGCAUUAUCAUCCCGUCUGCACCUUGAAGUCUGUCAUUUGCGUAAAUAGUCCCAAUAAAAUGAAGGUCUGUUUCAUCGUGACACUAGUAUAAUAGUGUGACCCAAUAAAAACAUGGAUCCUUAAAAAGAAUUCAAUGUCAUAUUCGAAAUGAUGUAAAUCAUUCUGUUGAGUGUCCAAGGUAGAAUAAGGUAGUUUGUAUUAAUAAAUGCUGCUCUGUGGGAGCUGCAGUCGUGGUUAAAUGUUGAAUAUUUAUUUUAUACAGUCUUAACAAAAAUGCCUCUGAAGAUUUGUGGACUCUUCGUAGAGUUGGAGGUCGUAAAUUUCAACGAAGAGAAAAAGAAAAGCAGUCUCUGAAAUGUGCACAUAGCCUGCUUUAUACCCGUGAUACAGAACCUUUGUCAAUCCAAAAAUGAGAUACGCUCGAGGGCGGAGCAGUCGAAUCACCGUUAAAUCGGGUCGGCGACCCUGCGGUACAAUCAAGAUUUUUGCAUUACGCGCGGCUGUUUACCAAACGCGAGCGGCGCGGUCAACGGUUUUCCGUGGCCAGGAGCUAUAAGACGCAUUUACGACAACGUGUGAAUGUCACAAUCCACAUUCACAGUAAUUCCAUCGCGAUUAAUUGGAAUGAAAUUGUCACGUGGCGUCUGUCACCGCAGCGCGAAUGUUGUCGAGGAACUCCCCCUCAAAUGGGUAGAAACAAGAAGUAGUUCUAUACUAUUGUGUUUUUCAUAAUCAUAAUAAUAAUAAUAAUACAAUUGCUGCUCUUACAAGGGAGGAUGGUUUGAAGAAAGUUGAAGCUGACUUGAACUGAUAGAAAAAUAAGGAAUCUCCUCUCCCUAACACAGAAAUUGAAAGGUGUAUUUUUUCCAAGGACCGUAACGCAUUAUAUAUGAGUAAGAAAUAAAGGUUGCCUCUUUUAAAAACAAAUGAAAAUAAUAAUAAUCAGCG